GUAGGCUGCGACUUGAUGUUCUCCUAGAUAGUCAGUCCUGGCUUUAUAGAUAUUUGCAAUCACAUCGCUUCUGCGUACAGUCUAACUUGUUCCAUAAAAACAAUAAAACCCCAUUGAAAAACUCUACUAGACUUUGCUAGCAAACAUGUUUCGCUCGCAUGUAUGCAAGUCGGUCCAGGCGAGUCGCUGUUUUGCCCGGAUGUACUCCAAGGAGGUGCGCUUUGGUCCCCAGGUCCGGGCCCUUAUGAUCCGAGGAGUGGAUGUGCUGGCGGAUGCCGUGGCCGUCACCAUGGGUCCAAAGGGUCGCAGUGUCAUCGUUGAGAGGCCGUGGACUUCGCCUAAGAUAACCAAGGAUGGCUUCACCGUGGCCCGUUCGAUUGCUCUACAUGACCAGCACAUGAAUCUGGGCGCCAAGCUGGUCCAGGAUGUGGCGAGUAAGACAAAUGAAUCUGCCGGAGACGGCACCACCACGGCCACUGUGCUGGCUCGGGCCAUUGCCAAGGAGGGCUUCAGCCAGAUCACCAUGGGUGCCAAUCCUGUAGAGAUUCGUCGCGGAGCCAUGCUGGCCGUGGACGUCGUAAAGCAGAAGCUGAAGGAGAUGUCCAAGGCGGUGGAGACCCGCGAGGAGAUCCAGCAGGUGGCCACCAUAUCGGCCAAUGGCGACACAGAGAUUGGCCGCCUUAUUGGCGAGGCCACCGACACGGUGGGCCCCAAGGGAACAAUCACCGUGAAGGAGGGAAAGCGGCUCAAGGACGAACUGUCCAUCAUUCAGGGCCUGCGAUUCGACACUGGCUAUGUAUCGCCAUUCUUUGUGAACAGCGGCAAGGGUUCCAAGGUGGAGUUCGCCAAUGCCCUUGUGCUAAUCUCCCUGAAGAAGAUCACAAGUCUGUCGCAGAUAGUCAAUUCUCUGGAGCAGUCGCUGGUGCAGCGUCGCCCGCUGAUCAUCAUAGCCGAGGACAUCAGCGGCGAGGCCCUCAAUGCCCUGUUGCUGAACAAGCUCCGGAUGGGCCUCCAAGUUUGUGCAAUCAAGUCGCCCAGCUAUGGGCAGCAGCGGAAGGAUCUGAUUGGGGAUAUCUCCGCCGCCACCGGAGCUACGAUUUUCGGCGAUGACAUUAACUUCUCCAUGGUAGAGAAGGCCCAGCUGACGGACCUGGGCCAGGUGGGCGAGGCUGUGAUUACCAAGGACAGCACUUUGCUGCUCCAAGGAACGCCCAAGGCGGGCCUGCUGGAAAUGCGCAUUCAGCAGAUCAAGGACGAGCUAGCGGACAAGCAAACGAAGCCCGAGCAGCAGGAUCGUCUCCGUCAGCGCCUCUCCGCCCUGACCAAGGGCGUGGCCGUGCUCCACAUAGGAGGGGCCAGCGAAGUGGAGGUCAGUGAAAAGAAAGACCGGGUGGUAGAUGCCCUGAAUGCCACCAGAGCGGCCAUUGAGGAGGGCAUCGUGCCCGGAGGCGGCACCGCCUUUCUGCGCUGCAUCCCGCAUCUUCAGAAGCUCAAGCUGGGGGGUUCGGAUCUCCAGAAGGGCAUUGAGAUCAUCUGCAAUGCCCUGCGAAUGCCUUGCCUGACUAUUGCCCAGAAUGCCGGAGUGGAUGGUGCCACGGUGGUGGCGAAGGUGCUCAGUGGAUCCGACGACUUUGGCUACGACGCCAUGGGGGACGAGUACUGUGCUCUGAUCAACAAAGGCAUCAUCGAUCCCACCAAGGUGGUGCGGAGUGCCAUCACCGAUGCCGCCGGUGUGGCCUCGCUCCUCAGCACCACCGAGGUGGUCAUCACAGACUCCCGAGACAAUGAUCUCCUGGCGAAACUGGCGGGAGGUGGCGGUGCCAUGGAUGGCCUGGACAUGAACAUGGGCGGCCUGGAUGAGCUCGCAGCCCUGAGUGGACUGGGUGGCAUGGGAGGAAUGGGUGGCAUGGGUGGCAUGGGUGGCAUGGGAGGAAUGGGAGGAAUGGGCGGAAUGGGCGGAAUGGCUGCAAUGGGCGAUCCCGCUGACAGUCAGUGUCCCACUAACGAGGAGAUGAACGAGAUGGUCAAGGCAAUUCCCGGAAUGGAGAAUGUGGAAGUACGGGACAUAGACAGUAAUAUGAUGUAGGAUAUAUCUUUCAUUAUUUUAAAUUCAUUCAUUCAUUUGGCGUGGUGGAACUUUCGAUUGAACAAGCCAAAAUUUUCAUUGCUUUAAAUAAAAAUUGUUCAGUGUUGUGUUAA